UUGUUGCAAUACAGUAGGUCCACGUACUUGCAUGGUCUGGAGACGUAACAUGUAUAAACUGCCCACUGACCGGAUCUGCUAUUUAACAGGUGUAGCAGCAAGCGCAAGGGCGUCGUUUUUAGCCGGAUCCAGCCCGGGACUAUGCGUUCAGUCUGGGGUUUAAUUGCCCUGGUGGCCGCGGCAACCUUUUACUUGUAUCUGCUGUCCGCGUUCCUGCCGCCGGGUCCGCGCGCCGCCCGCGUUCACGACGCUCCGGAUGAACCGCAGGAGGAAGAGCUCAGGUUGAAGUUCCCGUCCGAUCUGGAUGAGUUGAGGGAACUAGCCGAGCUUCUGCAGUUCUAUAAGACAGAGCACACUGGAUAUGUGUUCAUCCUCUUUUGCAGUGCCUACCUCUACAAGCAGUCCUUCGCCAUUCCAGGCUCAUCCUUUUUGGUUGGUAACAGAGCUCUACAUUGUGACAAAGACCUGCUUGAGACCACUUCUUUAGACUCAUCGCCAGUUUCUUUGAACAUGCUGGCGGGGGCAUUAUUUGGGCCGUGGCAUGGACUCCUCAUCGCCUGCACUUUGACUACCGUGGGUUCCACCAACUGCUACUUUCUGUCCCGUACAUUUGGCAAACGCCACAUCAUCAGGCUCUUCCCUGAGAAGGUGGCGAUGCUGCAGAGAAUGGUGGAGGGGAACAGGAGUAGUUUGUUCUUCUUCUUGCUCUUUCUGCGAUUCUUUCCCAUGACACCAAACUGGUUUCUGAAUGUCACCUCUCCAAUCCUCAACAUCCCCAUUCCCAUAUUCUUUUUCUCCAUCCUCAUUGGUCUGAUCCCUUAUAAUUUUAUCUGUGUCCGUACGGGUGCCAUCUUGUCUGAGAUCCACUCUUUGGACGAUAUCUUUUCUUGGAGGACCCUGUUUCAGCUCCUGUUGAUCGCGUGUAUGGCUCUACUUCCGGGAGCUCUGAUCCGCCGCUAUAGCCAGGCCCACUUUAAGCUUCACAGCCUGGAACCCAAUGGACACCAAAAGGUCCCGAACGAUCGCAAGACUAGAUGAACCAAAGACAGACACAAGAGGAGACUGCGGUCCGUUAAUGUGGGACUGAUCAUCGGUCUGGAGUCACAGAUGAGGAUUUGGUUAUGAAUGCCUGAAUGCAGAGUGGAACUGACAUGGACAGAAAGAGAAAAUAUGAAUUAUUACCAAAUGUCUAUUAUGAAGAUGAAGCGCAAGGGAGGAGACUAUUAUUGUCUUAAAAGAGAACACACUCAGAUUGCUGACAUGUUACACAUAACACUGGACAUUGCCUUAUUAUAUACUGUACGAUAAAACGAAUCUGACAGCUUAGCCUUUUUUUACUGAAGCAAAAAAUAUUUACACAAGUUUUCACAUAUUGUUUAGCGUUUUUGUGUGUUUAAGGCUUUAUUUAGUUGUGGAAACGGUAAAUUGCCGUGAGUUCAGUGCGUUUUUGAGUACUGUAUAUUUACACAUUUUACCAAAAUAGAACAAAUGAUUAGCUACCUUCCACCUUAAACGGACUGAUAAAACAGUAACCCAAAAUGAUAAUCUAAUUAUCUGGUUUCAUUCAAGUCAAAAAUAUAGUUUAGCAUUGCUUAAUUAACCGAAAUUCAUUCAUUUACACACAUUAAAACAUGUAAAUAGUUCUUUAUUACAACAAAAGCUCUUUUUACACUUUGUGAAUUUUCUGCACAAGACCUGCACAUUAAGUUUAUUACAUGAAACUAUUUUUAACCAUUUUUAUUUAUGCUGUAUCCAACUUGACUGAACUUAAAAAGAGAUGCAGCCAUUUGUAACUUGAGUCAUUCUUGCCAUUUUAUUUUAAAAGAAUGUAAUAAUUGUAAACACAGACGUGUAGCACAAAUAGGUUUUUAAUUACUGCGCUUGUUAUUAUCUAUACCAUCUAACAAAUCAGAGGAUUUGCAAUUCACAAAAAAUAGCUUACUUCUGCACUUGUGGUGCAUACCACUCAUUUUUAAAGAUUAUUGGAUAUUGUUAUAUUUAUUACCGUCAAGCGUCCCACCAUCAGGGUGUUCUUUUAUUUUCAAGUUAGUGUCAUGCCUUAAAUGAGUUGCACAGCACAUUCAGGGAUUGAUGACUUUAUCAUACACAACAUAGUUAUACUUGCAUAUGUGCAUUAAUCUCCAGCACCAAAAAACACACAAAUAAUAACCUGUUUUAAACAGAUGACAGCGUUAAUACAGUGUAUUAAAAUUUACAGCAUAAAAUGGCACUGUAAAUAUCAUCCGUUCGGUUUCAGAUUAAACUGUAGUUGCAGUGCCAUGAAUGUAUCAUUUAUGGAAAAGUAAAUCAAUAUCUUAAUGUUUACAUAAGUUGUUAAAGUUUAAAAACUGCUGGAUGAGCGUUAAAGGUUGUAGCUGCUGUUUUCACAACUACUUAAGUUCAAUAAUAAAAACACUUGAAACCA